AUGGAUGUCAUAACUAUCGCGAAAGUCCCAUCAAAAUCAGACUUUCGCGAUGACAUAAAAGGAUUGAUGCUCGAAUCACUAAAGUUCUUCAAUCGAACAGGCACACCUUUUCUAUUGAACAUGUUCCCCAUCCAAAUGGUUAGGGAUGUACUUAAUUACCCCAUAGAAUUCACAUUUUUCGAUAACAUGAGCAAUUUCAAGAUUCAAGAUGGUAAUGUCACGUACACAAAUGCAGUGGAGUUAAUGAUAGAUUCCAUUGUGUGGGCAAUAAAGAAAGCGGGAUAUCCUGAUAUGAAAAUUAUGAUUGGUCAAAUUGGAUGGCCUACCGAUGGAUAUCCAUAUGCAAAUCUUAAAAAUGCAGAGAGAUUUCAUAAGGGGUUAUUGAAAUUUAUAGCAUCAAAUAAAGGGACACCACUUAGGCCAGGGCCAAUAGACACAUAUCUUCAUAGCUUGUCAGAUGAGACUGAGUUUCGUACAAAAUUUGGUGCAUUUCAAAGACAUUGGGGAAUUUAUGAGGCAGAUGGAAAUCCAAAGUACAAGAUUGAUUUCUCAUUACAGGACCGAGACGAAUAUCCCACUCAAGCUAAGGGCAUUGUAACAAUGCCAAAUCGAUGGUGCAUGUUCGAUGGGGACAAAAGUAACAUGGAUUUGGCGAAGAAGAAUUACAACAUUGCUUGUGAAGAAGCAGAUUGUACAAAAUUGGAACAAGGAGCUUCAUGUGGUGAACUAAGUGAUGAAUCUAAAAUUUCUUAUGCUUUUAAUGCAUACUUCCAAAAGAAUAAGCAAAGUGAAGAAUAUUUUCAUAUAUUUCUCCGGCGAACUUCUCGGCGAUUUAUAUCUCCGGCCAACUACUCGGCGAUAUCAUCUCUGGCCAACUUGAGUUUGAUAUUAGCUCGUAAAUUGUGUGAUUUUAUUGAUAUGCCCUUGAUUAUUGUGAAGUUCCUUCUGGAGAAAGCUAUGAAGCCUUCCAUCGAAAUUCUCAACAAAGUCCUUGUAAAUGGUACUGAAAAUGGUGAUUUGUUCCCGGUUCUGCAUAGGUCUGAUUGGGUUAUUCGGAGAUCACCUCACUUGUUCUGA